AUGAUCCGCAUCUUAGCUCUGUCCGUCCUCCUCGCGCUCAACUUCGCAAACGGUGUCUCCGCGCGCCCGACCCCCGCGCGCCGCCAAUUCGGCUUCCUCCCCGGCCUUGAGGGUCUCUCCUCGCUGAACCCCACGAACGCGAAUCCCUCCACCAACUCCGCCUCAAACACCAACACCAACCCCGCGUCCAACUCCAGCCCCUUCGCCAACUCCUUCAACGGCAACACCACUCCGAACCCGAACCCGAACCCGAACCCGUCGAACCCGGGCAACUUCAACACAGUCCAGAACACCGACAACGGCGUGUCCGACGCGGACCCGAACCCCGCUGCGUUCCUGUCCAAGAUCACGGGCGCCGCCACUGGCGGGCUGAACUCGGGCUUCAACAACAAGAAGCGCACGGCGGCGAAGAUUCCCGGGUUCACGGGCCCGUCUAUCGAGGCUGACGUCCCGUCCAACCUGCUCCCGUCCGUUCCUGCCGGUACGCGUCGUCGAGGUGUGCAGAACGUCGAGCAGCAUGGAGGAUUCGAGGAGAAGAGGUUCAUUCAGAAUGCCGAUUUCUCGGAACAGCCUGUGGAGGACGAGAGCGAUGUGCCUAAGGCCGUGGAUGUCGCUGCCGAUGCCAACGUCCAUGCUCAAACGCCGGAGAAGAGAUUCAUCCGCAAUGCGGAUUAUGAGGAGGGAGGCUCGCCGCCGAGCGCUGCGAAUGCCGUUGUGGCUGCGGCGUCGGCCGCUGAGGGCACGAGCGCAUAA